AUGGGCCUUGGAUCAUCAAGAAGAGACGCUCCAGUAUUCAGUGUGCACGGUCGUCUUUAUCGUAUCUUAGAUACAAUUGGUCAAGGUAGUGAAGCUACUGUAUAUAGAUGUGAAGAUCAAAAUGCUGCUCAAUAUGCUGUGAAAGUGUUCUAUUUUUCACGUUAUUCUCCUGUGGAUUUACGACAACGAAUUCCAAAUUUUAAAAAAGAAGCGAAUCUAUUACGAUUACUUUCAACACGUUCAAGACAUUUCGUGCAUUUAAUCGAUUAUGAAUAUAAACCUGAAGAAAAUAUUGGUUAUAUGAUCAUGGAAUUAGGAGAUGGUAGUUUACGAAAGAACUUAUCUGGAGUACCAUUAGAUGAUCCUAUACGACGUUCAUAUUGGAGACAAAUUGUGACCAUCUUGAAAGAUCUUCACGACAUGCGUGUCGUUCACGCUGACAUUAAACCCGAUAAUUUAAUCUUAGUCAACAAUGUGCUCAAAGUAACUGAUUUAGGUCUUGCCUUUCGAGUGGCCUCACCAAGACAAACCGUUCGACGAACUGGAGUUCGUGGUACUCUUGAUUACAUGGCACCUGAAGUAUUCUCUCAUCAAACGAGUCAUAAAUCAGAUGUAUGGUCAGCUGGUAUAAUUCUCUAUGAAAUGACUUACGGUCGCCCACCUUACUAUGCUAUAGUCGAUCGGAAUCAAAAAGUCAUGGCUAUCUCCUCAAUGGUACCUAUAUCAUUUCCACCCGUGAGAGAUCGGGCCCUGUUCGAUUGUAUGAGACGUAGUCUCUCAGCAAAUCCAAACCUUCGACCUAGCGCUCAACAAUUACUAGGGCAUCCUUACACAAGAACGUUUUAA